AUGUGGCGAUGGUGAUUUAAACGUGUAACGCCUGGAGAAAAAAGUAUAGAACGUAAACCGCUGCAAACGUAAUUGGAAUGAUCUGGUCGACUGGAUCUGAAUGUUUGCAUCAGAGAAAUGCAAGAGAUGAACAUAUUUUCCGUUUUCAUCUUCUCUCCGUAGGAUAUCUCCCGCCCACAAAUACACACACACGCGCGCGCAAAGGGAUGGUGGCGGUGGAUGCUUCUGGUUGCGAUAAGACAAGAUGGGAUAAUCAUGCAUGUCUGUCUCCGGGCGUUGAUGCAGUUGCCGUUGCCUGAUCUCAACUGGACUGAGGGUAGGGUGGGUCCAGUUCCGACUGGUUUUAUGUCUCGAUUCAGUUUGAUCGAUGUUUUCAAGCUAUUUCUGUGUACCAAGAGGACAAGGACUACUAUGAAACGUACUAUUGCAAUUAUUUGAAAUAUCUAGGCUAUAGGCAAGAGCAAUUGAGUGUUCAUCGAUGGAGGCUCCUAUUUAUCGAUAACUCGUCAAUUAACUAAUUGUACGGCGGGAAUAACGUGCUGUCUUGAGGGGGGCAUAAUCCUGGAGGAUAUCCCUAUUCAACGACCGGCUAACCCCUUUUCAUGUUUGCUGAAUUUUUUGAACGGGAUCGUAGCGUUUCGGAAAAGGGCGCUGUUGUAUUGGUUAUCAGGGUGCCUGGAAAGCCCCUAUACCAGCACCUUCGUUCAGCCAAACCCGGCGCAGCGCAACGCGCAACUAUUCACGACCCGGUCCGCAACAUUGAAUCGACACGUUGCUGUAUGAGGAGAAUAGAGUGAAGGCUAGCGAGUGCUUGUGUCAAACGGGGGGGGGGGGGGGGGAAGGAGGACACCGGGCCGGUUCAGCUCCUGCAGCUACGCCGUUUCAUUGCACACCAAUCUGGCGAGUUUCAAGGGACGGAGAGUCAGGUGUAGUCAGGGCGCCUCAAUGAGCGUCUCCUCCCGGGACAGAGUGCCUAGAGCCCAGCCGGAGCGUUUGCAGUGCCGCGGGUAGAGGAGGCUCGAGCACAGCGGAGAGUUUGGAAGUUUUGAUGCAUAUGAUCACAACCACCAUGAUUUUUAUGAUUCUUGGUGCUUCAGUUGUUAUGGCAAUAGCCUGUUUAAUGGACAUGAACGCACUACUGGAUCGCUUUCACAACUACAUCUUACCGCAUCUACGAGGAGAAGACCGCGUCUGUCAUUGCAACUGUGGAAGGCACCACGUCCACUACGUGAUCCCAUACGAUGGCGACCACUCUCUGGUGGACUCGUCAGAGAACUACUUCGUCAGUGACAGCGUGACCAAGCAGGAGAUGGACUUGAUGCUGGGCCUGCUGCUGGGGUUCUGCAUCAGCUGGCUCCUGCUGUGGCUGGACGGGGUGCUGCACUGUGCCGUCAGGGCCUGGAGGGCCAGCCGUUACUAUGACACCCCUUCCUGGUCGUGGCUGCCCCAGUUCUGCAACCUUCGAGACCUUCGUCGCCGUGCCCAGCUCAGACAGUUGGAAGACUCCAGCGGUAACAUGGUCCACAUCAAGCAGAAGCUCUACCACAACGGCCACCCCAGCCCCCGCCACCUCUGACUUUUAAACAAGACCCCCAACCACCUCCUCCUCCCCCACUCCUUACCCCAAACUGCCCCAUGGCCAACUGCUGCCUCAGAGACCCUUGAAAACUGCCCUGUCACUGUUCAUAACACACCCCCUCCACCACCCCCACCCCAAGAUGGAACUUUCUUACGACGACCUGACUGACGAAAGUCAGAAAACAACCAACCCACAACUCAAGCAGAGAAAGAAGAACAUGAUAGUUGCCACUGAAAUAUUGUCGUAUGUCCACUAUUGACGGAGGGGAAAAAAAGUUUUUAAGGGUGUUUUCUGUAUAGAAAUUUUAUGUGUUCAUUGUUGAAACUUGGCAUGCUCUUUUAGAACAGGGUAACAGUGUAUGAAAUGGGUGGAGAGAAUCGGGUGCCAUGAUUAUAUCUUUUUUUAUGUUUGGGUUGGAGUGUAUUUGACUUGUUAGAAAGGGGGCUUUUUGUGAUUGGAUGAAUAGGUUGCUGCUUCUGUAAAUAGUUAUAAAUAUAUGGGUGUGGGAUUUAAAAGGGUGUGAGGAAGGGGGGGGGAGGGAUUGUGUGUCAAGAGUAAACCUGCUGGACUGUAUGGAGAAAAACAGAACGUUAAGAUAAGGCAGAUGACUGGAAAUGAACCGUGUGAUUUCUGCGACAAAAAAACACAGAUUAACUAGCUUUGUUACUUAGUGAAUUAAAUGAAUGUAUUAAUUUUACUUGUAUAUAUAU